GAUUCGCCUUGUUUUACUCUUACAUGUCUUGUCUUUUUCAAACACAUGCAUCUCUCGCAAACCCUAGUAAAUCAUCCAAGGUCAAGAAGUUAAUCCUUAACUAGAAUUAAGACGUUGAUAAUCACGUACGUACGAAUAGUGAUGGAUAAAGAUUACUCGGCACCGAACUUCUCCGGCCAAGUUUUUGGCGUUCAUGACGAUAGCAGCUCCUGUAUGAUAGACUAUACGUUCGCUAGAAAGCUUCAACAACAAAAUCAACCGAUGCCACAACAGCAGCCGCAUCAACUGUCCCCUUAUUGUGAUAAAAUGAGCUUUGCAGACGUGAUGCACUUUGCGGACUUCGGUCCGAAACUGGCGUUUAGCCAGACCAGGAACCGAGACGAUCAAGAAACUGGGAUUGACCCGGUUUACUUUUUGAAGAUCCCAGUCUUGAACGAAAGGAUAGAUCAAAACCAAACCCAACAUCUUAUCCCUUCUCAUAAGACGUCUCAAGAAGGAGGGGAGUGUGCAAGGUUUCUUGAAGACAACGACAAUAACGCCGUGCAACUCCAUUUUAAUGGAGGAGAAGAAGAAGAAGAUAUGGAGAACAAGAAAGUGAAGAGCAAGAGGAAAAGAACUAGAACAAGCAAGACAAGCGAAGAAAUGGAAAGCCAACGAAUGGCUCAUAUCGCGGUCGAGAGGAACCGUAGAAAGAAAAUGAACGAGCAUCUACGUGUUAUCAGGUCCCUCAUGCCUAGCUCCUACGUUAAAAGGGGAGACCAAGCGUCGAUCAUAGGAGGCGUAAUAGAGUUUGUAAGAGAGCUAGGGCAACUCCUACAGUGUCUGGAAUCAGAGAAGCGUCGAAGAAUAAUAGGAGAAACCAGUCAUAGGCAAAUAGGGGAGAUGGCCAUGCCAAAAAAUUCUUCUUCUUCCCCCUUAAAAGUGGUAGCUAACCAAACUCAACCGCUCAUUAUUACCGAAAAUGUAACCGAACUUAAGGGCGGAGGAUGGCUUGUGGAGGAGACGACGGAGAACAAGUCUUGUUUGGCUGACGUGGAGGUGAAGCUGCUAGGGUUUGACGCCAUGAUCAAGAUACUCACAAGAAGAAGACCAGGACAAUUAACUAUGACUAUAGCUGCUUUGGAAGAUCUUCAUCUCUCUAUUCUUCACUCUAACAUCACUACCAUGGAACAAACCGUCCUCUACUCCUUCAAUGUCAAGGCAAGUUUCACUUGCUUACAAAUUACAAGUGAGCCGAGGCUUAGUGCAGAAGACAUAGCAAGUUCCAUCCAACAAAUAUUUAGUUUUAUUCAUGAAAUAUGUUAAUGUAAGGGUUUAUAAUAUAUAUAUAUAUAUAUAUAUAUAUAUAUAUUUGUCCUAUUUUAAUAUUAUAUAUAUUGUUUGAAGAUACUUUUAGUAUGUUUAUGUGGGGGAAUUGUUGAAUAUGACUAAAAACUUGAGUUGAAAUGCAAAACUAG